CACCAUCCUUGCUUUCUUGCAAUGAAAAUUACAGCUUUAUUAAUUGUUUUUGUAUUUAUUACGACCUCCUUGUAAAUUUCCGUUCUUUUUAUUUCUGUGCACAACACCAACACACAAUGUCGUUUAGGAGCGCCAAAUUCCGGCAGGCGUGUCUGACCUGGCAAGCACAGAUGACCUGGUUGACGCGCGCAUAUUGAUAGACAUCACAACUGAGGCCGACCCGGAGCACUUUGCCACAGCAUCGCUUGUGCUCAGCAGUAACGCAGGCGAGCCAAACCUCGACGGACUCGCCCAGCUAGCGCGGCUCCUCCUGCGGUACUUUGAGCACGGCACGAUGGGUAGGCAAAUGGUGCGCGAGUGCGUGCCCGGAGUAAACAGUCUGGCGACCGUGCCAUUCGACGACCUAUGGCGGCUCGUUGUACUUGUUGUUUCAGUGACACUGCUGAGCGAGUGCAAUGGCGCAAGUUGCCUGUACGACGAGUUGGACGAAGACACCCGAAGCGAGCUGAGGAGCGGUGUGGAUGCCGUUUGGGGUAUGGAAGAGGAGAGAAGUGUAGUUGUGGAUUUGGAUUUGAGCAUCAGUGAGGUGAGCCGGGUGAGUGCAGGCCAGAUAAUGGGAGCAAGUAGGAGGGGCGGGCCGAUGGAGGCCAGUACGUCUAAUGAUACGUCGCACGAUAGCUUUACCAGCGUACGCACGUCAUUUCAGCCAUUCCAGUCCGCGCACUCGUCUGUCUCCAACCAGCAGCCGCUGGCUUCCGAGUCGCGACUCUUGAUUUCUGAAAAUCAGCAGCAGCCAGCGCUGCUGUGCAUUGCGUCCAGUGUGGACAGGGAGUCAAUAGGAAGCAUUGCGUCAACGGACUCGGGAAGCAGCGAGCCGCGCGGCUCGCUGAUUGGGUUCCGCAUGACCGAAGACAUGGAUGAUGCAGGGAGCACGACGUCGACGGACUCGUAUGUGUCGCGGUUCAGCCAGGAGCUGGCAGAGUUUGGCCCCGAGGCAACGUCAAUAGGGCUGUCGGGGCCGGACAGCGCAGCGGCAUAUGUCUUUUUGCUCAACACAGUGACAUAUCUCGCUCUGGGCGUGUACCUGCUGGCGACCACAGCGGUGCCGCCUGCAAAGUCACCAGCUGGGCGGGACUACGGCGAUUUGCUGCGCGGUAUUGCGCAGGUGGCGGCGGUCUCCGUAGCAUCGGCCAUUGCGAGCUUAGCGUGGGUGCAGCUGCUGCGGCGACAGACGCGCAAGGUUGUUUGGCUAACGACACUGGGCAUCCCGGUGGUCAGCACGGCCACGGCACUGUGGGCCACCACGCAGGUGUUCCGCAUCCCGGGAGUUGAGGAGCUGGUCGGGUACCGUGUGCGGAGCUGCCUGGUUGUCGGUACAGCCGUGAUCCUGGCUGUGCGGUUUGGCUGGACCAUCUCGCACCAGCGCGUGCAGAUUGAGCGCAGCGUCGGAGUGAUCUCUCUAGCGUGCGAUGUUGUUUUGCAGAACAAAGCGCUUUACGGGUUUUCCGUCCUUUUGCUCGCACUGUAUUGUGCGUUUGCCGUUGUGUCAGCUAUUUUUGCCUCGCGGCUGCCUCUUCUCUCGCUUUCCCUGCAGUGGCACACGUGGGGUGUGCCGGCGUACAUGGCGGUGUCGUUUGCGUGGAUAUCGGCGGUGUUUGUGCAGUUCCUUAGAUCUGUCGUGUCGUGCGUGGUCAGCCAGUGGUACUUCCACCGCCACGAUCCCGGCGAACCACUUGUUUUGCAUACGCUGCAGGCGGCGGCAAUGGCGGCACUGACCAGGCAACUGGGUACCGUGGUCCUGUCUGCAUCACUCCUUUUGCGGCCAAGUUAAUUCACCUCCUAGAGCUAUGCUUGCGGUGGAUGGUCAGCUUACUUCGUAUUGUGCCGCUGUCAUUAGUGUCGAUGCUUUUGGGCCGCCCAAUGCACUUGGCCGAUGCACUGGGUAACUAUGCU